AACAAAACAGAGUCAAAAGACAUAAUUUAAAACAGAUAGCGAGAUACAGGGGAUUAUAAUGGCUAUGCAACAUGUUUGGAGUAAAGGAUAUCGAAAGGUAAUAUUUGAGAGUGACUGUAAAAAAGUUAUAGAUACACUCAAUCGCCGAUGUCUACAUUUUGAUGGUCACAAUUGGAUAAGGGAUGUUUUAUGGUGGAAGCAAAAAUUUCAUGAAGUGGAGUUCAUAUGGAUAAAGAGAGAGAAUAACAGAGCAGCAGAUAAGAUGGCGAAGCAACAAAUUCCUUAUGAUCAAUCUUUCUUUUUUCAUUAUUAUGUACCUUCAUCUAUUACUUUGGAGCUACAUAAUGAUUAUGUAAACUCUUAAAGAUCAAUAAGAAAGACGUUAUAAAAAAAAAAACAGAUAGCGAAGAAGAUCUCAUAACAAUGCAGGAUUUUUCUUCUACGGUGUCGUUUAGCCCUAGCUUCAGUUUCUACGUCUCGGGUGACGGUAACAUCGUAGAAACCGCCGUUAGAGUUGUCCGUGAGUCACAGAGCUACUAUUCCGUUAAAGUAGACGGAGACGGCGACGAAUCUGAAUUCGAGUUCGAAACGUCGCCGUUACGUGAAGAGAGCUUCUUCCACUUCCCAACGACGGCGGAGAAAGAAAACGAUGCCGAUCAAUCUCUAUCUUCGCCGUCUCAGUCGCAUUCAUCGUCGGACGAUCCAGAUGACUUCUCGCCGAGCAGAUACUACUGUUUCUGGACCCCGAUCCGAUCGCCGGCGAGAGGAGGUAGCUCCAAGAGUAAGUCUUCGAGACGUUGCCGGAUCAAGGAUUUUCUGAGGAGAAGCCGCAGCGACGGAGCCGUUUCGACCACGAGCGAACCGAAACGGUGUAGUUUCAAGGAUCUUCUUCUGAGAAGAAGCCACAGUGACAGCGGCGGCAACGGUUCGCCGGUAGUGAAAGGGAAGCUUAAAACGGCGUCGCAUAAGUCUACGAACGUUGGGGAAGUGAAUAUGAGAAGAACGACUUAUUUACCUUACAGGCAAGAUUUGAUCGGCGUUUUCGCCGGGAGGAGCAGAUUCCGUCGAUAAAAAGAAAAAUUACAUAUAGCUCCUUGUUUUAAUAUUUAUUUUUGUUUUUGGCCAUGUAAUUUUUUUUAGUGCUAUUUAGUUCUUGUACUUUAUAUUUGCCACUUGUAAAGACUCUCGAGGAAAUAGAGGUUUUCUUGUGAUGUCAAGGCAUGACAUGUAAAAACAAGCUGGUAGGUGGGUGACAUCGCGUUUUGCGAUGCUGACAUAGGCUGUAUUAUAUAGAUGUCAUGAUGCUUGUUUCUCUGGUUAACUAAACAUGCUUGUGGCUACUUAACAGGGAGAGAGGUGUGUUUGAACGUGUAUGUUUCUGUGUUGUGAUGUAAGUUGAAUAAUAGCUGAUAGUUAUCUUAUGAUUCAUGAAUUUUUCCUUCUUAGACUGAUGCUUUUGAACAAACUCUUCAGACGCAUGCAGUGGCUUAUAAGUUAUGAUAAAACAUCAUAUGAUUAGUGUAGCAUGGCUUAUCUUAGCUGGAUUUCUUCCACUUUUUCAUUUUAUUUGGACCAGUUAUACAAUGUCUCAGGAUAUCAUCCAGGUGACAAAAAAAAGCGAAAGUUUCAUGUUGGCCAAAAAGUUAUGUUAUGCCACUUCCUCUCUCUCAGUUUCCAAACGUAAAAAGACACGCUUGUCUUAACGUCUCUUGAAAUUCGUUCUAUAUGUUCGUUUUCCCCGCAACAAAGCAAGUAAAUAAAGACAAGACUCUUCGCCUGGGCCUGCCUUCUAUGUCAAGUAAAUAAUGUUGACAUGUUGCAUGAAAAUGUCGACAUAAUUUCCUCAUCUCCCGCACCAUGCAUACAUAUAAGUAGCAACACAAGCCCUUCGCACAUUCUUUAUUUCUCCUCUCUCACAUCCGUACAGGAAGAGAAGCUCCUCAAGUAUACGAUGUUUUUGUUUAUUCUAUUUAUCAACCAGACGAAAAUACGGAGAAAGCUGCGCAUGUAUAAUAAAAAGGCUUAGAGAGGGUUUUCGUAUAGUACUCUUCUUUUAUUCGAUUUAGUUUAGUACUCUUCUUUUAAUUCCUCUUUCGCCAUUACAAUUUCUUCCUUUACUUAUGCUUGAUAGUAUAAGUUCAUGUUUGGUAACAAUUUGUACAAAGAUGUUUUGUUCUCAUAUCUAAUUCAUGCUGUUAACAAGCUC